AUGAAGCCUGAAGGCCAACAGAAGUUUAAGAAUGUCAGGAUACAAAUUUGGACCAAUAUGCAGUCAUUUAAUGAGAUUUCACCAAGCAGUCAUUCAACGAGAAUUUCACCAGGUCCAUGUGAUGACACAUCGAAUAUGAUGCGUAGUUUACUAUCAACUAGUGUGAGAAGCAUCAAACAUCCAUCUAUCACGCUGCUGGUGGAGAGUCUAUGGAAAUUCAGAAGAUACGUCGUGUUGCGUUGUACAUGCUACACUAGCACCAUCUAUCAAUUAAUCAAAAUAAUUUCUACAUAUGCUAACACUGUAUUAAAUGAAAGAAAUAUUCUUAUUUUUCAGAAAAGGCAAGAAGCUUUGGAAGCAGAACGAAAACAAAAAGAGAAAGAAGAAGAGGAAGCAAAAUUGAAGCGAGAAAAAGAGAAAAAAGAAAAAGAGGCUAUUAAGAAACAGCAGAAAAAAGAAAAAAAAUUAUUACAGCAGAUCUGUGAACAAAAUAAUUAUUUUGCUGCUGAUGAAGAAGAAAAGAUUUCACACUUAAAGGAAGUGGAUAAAUUGUGUAAUCUCUUAUCAUUACAACAGCUACAGAAUCUCAAUGUCGCUUUGCAAAAAGAAGAUCAGAUUAUUAAGAAGAAUGUAUUUAUGAAAGAGGUGGAAUCUCUGAAUAAACAUCUGGAAAUGGAGAAAGAGCAGCUUUUUGCUUCUUCUCAGCGAUCCACUUCAAAUUCAGCAGAAAAAACAAAUUCACAGAAACCAUGGUCACCUGAUGAUUUGCAACUUCUAGUAAAAGGUGUUAACCUCUUUCCAGCUGGUACAAAUAAUAGAUGGGAUGUUAUUGUUGCAUUUAUGGCCCAACAUUCCACAUCAAAAGUAAAGAGAACUGCAAAAGAAGUUCUUGCAAAAGCCAAAGAACUCCAAAAACGAAGUGGAGGCUUAAGAGAACAAAUUAACAAAAAUGCAUAUGAAAACUUGGAAAAAAAUCAGAAACAAGUGCCUAUUGCUGUUAAAGAUCAGUCAGCUCCAACUGAGAGAUUUGAUGCUGUGAAUGAAUCCUCCAAUUCUGUGCCAGCUGCAUGGACUGCUGAUGAACAGCAGUUACUAGAACAGGCUCUGAAAACAUAUCCAAUUAAUACUGAAGACAGGUGGGAAAAAAUUGCAGCAUGUAUCCCAGGAAGAGAUAAAAAGGACUGUAUUAAGAGAUACAAGGAUUUGGUAGAAAUGGUAAAGGCAAAGAAAGCAGCACAGGCAACAGCAAGUCAGAAGCAAAAAAAGUGACUUAACUCUUGAGCUUUCUGAGCACUGUGGCAGAUAGUUUUGAAAAUUUAGUUAUGUAUUUAAACAAUGUAGAAUUAUGUACAUUAAAGUGAAAUAAAUUAUUUUUUUUCCUGUGUA